AUGACGCAAGCUCUGGACAUCAGUAAUGUGAACCUGGAAUGUCAGUUUAACAAUACUGACCAUAACACUGAUCUCAAUGGAGUGGAUCGUCUUAUUGUGAGGAGAGGCCAGCCAUUUUCAAUACGCCUGUAUCUUCGCUCUGGAAACUAUCAGCCGGGAGCCAGUUCUCUUCACUGUGUUGCUGAAACAGGCCCUCAACCCUCUGAGCAGUAUGGCACCAGGGCCAGCUUUGGUUUGUCCCCCAACAUUGACACUUCCAGGUGGAGUGCUGCCAUCACCAGUCCCCCCGGGGAUAUGGUCACCCUGUCUAUCUGCCCUGCACCCGAUGCACCUAUAGGCCGCUACAACCUGACCCUUGGGCAGUCGCAGAGGAUUGACUUUGUUCUGCUCUUUAACCCCUGGUGCCCAGGGGAUGUCGUAUAUAUGGACAGUGAGCAGAGUCUGGCAGAGUAUGUGUUGUCCCAGGAUGGAAUCAUCUUUCGAGGCAGCUACAAAUAUCCGAUACCUACUCCCUGGAACUUUGGCCAGUUUGAAAAUGGAAUCCUGGAUGCCUGCCUGAAUAUUCUAGACAUGAAUCCGAAAUGUCUUCGUAAUCCUGGCAAAGAUCACUCAGGGAGAAGAAAUCCCAUCUAUGUGUCCAGAGUGCUGAGUGCCAUGGUGAACUGCAAUGACGACAAAGGGGUGCUGCUGGGAAGAUGGACAAAUGAUUAUGCAGGAGGUGUGAGCCCCCUGUUUUGGCGAGGCAGCGUGGAGAUCCUGCGAAACUGGGAUACCCAAGCCUGCCAACCUGUUCGCUAUGGACAGUGCUGGGUGUUUGCUGCAGUGGCCUGCUCGGUUUCCAGGGCCCUGGGUAUUCCCUGUCGAGUUGUAACCAACUACCUGUCUGCCCACGACACCAACAGUAACCUUGUGAUUGAGCGCUAUAUCGACGAAAAUGGGGAACUCUUAAAAUCCAAAGAAAUGAUCUGGAACUACCACUGUUGGGUUGAGAGCUGGAUGACUAGGCCAGAUCUUAAAUCUGAUUUUAAUGGCUGGCAAGCUAGUGAUCCUACACCCCAGGAGAAAAGUGAAGGAGUGUACUGCUGUGGCCCCGUCCCUGUCAGAGCCAUUAAAGAGGGGGAGCUCAGAUUCAAGUAUGAUGCUCCCUUCGUCUUUGCUGAGGUCAAUGCUGAUGUCAUUACAUUCAUGAAGAAAAAAGACGGUAGCACCUCAAAGGUUACUUCCACUACAACAGUGGGCCAGAAAAUCAGUACCAAGAGUGUGGGCAGUGAUGCUAGAGAGGACAUUACCCAUCUCUACAAGUACCCUGAAGGAUCUGAUGAAGAACGAGAGGCCUUCAGGAAAGCCGACCACCAAAACAAGCUGCUCCAGCAGCAGGAUAACGGUCUGCUCCUUACUAUCAAAGUGACACCAGACAUGAGGAAAGGCUGCGACUUUGAUGUGUUUGCUGUUGUUACCAACAACACACAGAGUGUGAAGAAGUGUCGCUUGGUAUUUGGAUCCUGUGCUUUGUCAUACAAUGGUGUUUUGGGAGGAAACUGCGGUUUCAAAGACCUUCUCAAUGUGGAGCUCUCACCUGGUGAAGAGAGGAAAGUUCCCCUGAGGCUGAACUACUCCAAGUAUACUGGCCAGCUCACUGAGGACAACUUAAUCCGUCUGGCAGCUCUGCUGUUGGACUACGCUACCAGAGAGGCGACGCUGGCAGUGAGGAACAUUGUGCUGACGAACCCUGAAAUAAAAGUCAGAAUCCUGGGUGAACCAAAGGAGAAUCGGAAGUUGGCUGCUGAGAUCACUCUCAAAAACCCUCUGCCAGAGCCAUUGGAGAACUGCUGCUUCAACAUUGAGGGUUCAAACUUGACUGGGGGACGGGUCAUCUCUGAGAGGCUGGGCUGCACGGUGGGACCCGGGGAAGAUGCCAAGGUUAAGAUCUACUUCACUCCAACACAUUCUGGGCUGAGAAAACUGGUGGUCGACUUUGAUAGUGACAGGUUGUGUCACGUCAAGGGUUACAGAAAUGUCAUUAUUGGA